CUGCGGAAUCCUUGCGAGCUGUACAUUUUCUGGUGUGGGAAUCUAAUUUUCCCUUUAUUUGUGGCAAUUUUCCGUGAUAAUUUCUGCUGUGUUUAUCAAAAGUUCGUGCAUAUCAUCCGAGUACCGUUGGUUAAAGUGCGUGUUUCUAGUGGGAGAUAGCGUGAAUUUACUGCCAAUUUAAUAGAACGUGCUGUGCUUAUUGUUGUUUACAUUCUGCGAAAGUGUCUGGUGAAUUUCCAUUGUGCAAAAUCAACGAAAAACAACAGAAAAAAAAGGUUGUCAAGUGCUCUAGUGACCCAGAAUUCGUUCGAAACUGGUUCCUCCGGUUAGUGGCCCAUCGUCGUUAGAGAAAGUGUGCGAGCUGCUGCUGUGGUUGCGAUGAUGUCGGCAAGUGGUGAGGGGGCGGCUCCGUCGCCGCUGCCUGCUGCUACAGGUAGUAGUGGUACGGGAGGCGGCGGAGGAGGAGCUGCUACUAAAAGUGACACGUCGUCACGGGCAGCCCCCGUCAAGAAUCCGCUGCUGAGUAUGCAGGUGACCGGCCUAACGUUGGACGACUUUGCUCAUAAUGCGCUGCUGCUUCCGGCGGCACCGCCACUGCCGCCGCCCAAAGAGCCAACGCCGUCGCCGCCGCCGAUGCUCGAAGUCAGCCGCGAGUCGGAAACAACAGACAUCAAGAAGCCAAUAGUCUUCAGCCAGCAGCAGCUCGGUGGAGCACAUCCCGAGCUUCAGGAUCCGGACAGCUUCAGCGAAAUCGAUCUGCACUCGACAGCAGAUUCGGUGAACAACGCGCCACCGUCGACCGUCGAGUACAAUCCCCUGCAGGAUCUGGAAGAAUCGGAAUCGAGAGAACCGAAUUCGUACCUGCAGCAGACGUCUGCCCUAACUGCACAAUUCGCAGCACAACUGCCAAACGUAGCCUCCACUGUAUUCUCUACGUUCAGUCGAGUGAUCAAGGGUUCGUCGCCAGGUCCUCAGCAGCCACCGCCUCCGAGUCAAUCAGCGCCUGUUGAUCAGCUCGCAUUCGCGCCACCGGUUGCCGCGUACGACUACUCCCAACAAGGAUUCGUCCAGGAGCCGAAUUGUUUUGCAGAACAACAACAACAACCGGGACCUCCACCUCCGCCGCCGACAUUCUUCAAUCCGGAAGCGAUCAGUCAACCCGGGCCCACUCAUUACCCCCCAGCGACAGCAGUCGGAUCCAAUACUUACCGCCUUGGUGGAGCAAAGAAGAAAACCUACGCCCAUAUUCCGGGUCUUAGCACGGUAGGAUCACCGCCAACAGUGGUAGCUCCCGUGCAAAGCCAAGACCUCAGUCAGUUUGCUCCUCUUCCGGAGGUAAUUUCCUCCAUCGCGAGUCAACCGGCUAGCCGUGAACAGCCCCAAAAACCGGGAUUUUUAUUCUUCGAAAAACUUCCCAACUUGUUGGAAAAGAUCCCGAAACCGGCUUUCACAUCUGGAUCACAGCAACCCCCGGAAAUCGUUUCCAAUCCGAAUAAUUAUUUCAGAGGACCACCCUCCGUUCAGUCUACGCUUCCAGAGGCCCCUCUGCUACAACCCCAAUCAAAUCCACCGGAAGUCCCCAUUGUGCCCUUCCAGACCUUUGAUCCGCAAGUUUCGCCGGCUGAGCAGUCCACUAUCCUACCACCUCCGCCUACGUUCUUCACACCUGCCCAAUUCCCAUCCAUUCCAAAUCAUCCUCAACACCAACCGUCGAAGAAUCCCUACAGCUCCAGCCACCUGAGUAGAAGCGUCGGUCUGUACAAGAAUCCUCUAUCUCCAACAACUCCCACAACGGUCCCCACUUUCCUUCCCAAUCAAGAACCUCCUACGGUAACUGCUCCAAACCCCUUCUUCCAACCACCCCCCUUCGAAGCACAAGUUCCGCCUCCUCCGGUUCAGUACUUCAAUUCUCAACCAAUCCCAACCCCCGUUGAACCCUCGCUGCCGAUUACUCCAGCAACCAGCUCCCGUUCACAGUCCUCGCUGAGUGAAUCGCUGAAUCGCAAAACCAGCCUCUUCGCUCCGUUCGAGGAAGAUCCUCAAUCCGAGGCUAAAACCAUUCUUGACAGUCGCUCGAAGUCAAGUGAAAACGUUCUCUCGCCGCCGCCACGACCCAAUUCGAACCUAAGCGAACCGGCACUCUUCAGCAGCGACGGUCAGCAGCCGCUUAGUUUGUUCCAACCGGCAGCACAGUAUCAAAAUCCGACGCAACCUACGUUUGCAUACUACCAGCAACAGCAGCAACCGUUAGACAUCCAGGCCCCAUUGCCGUCAGCUCCCGUAAGUUUCUUCAAUCCGGCGCAAAUUCCGACAGCUCCUGUCGAGCUUCCUCCACCUCCGACUGCUGCAACUUUCGGCUCCAAGCCGUACAAUCUUCAGAAUAUCAAAAGACCUGCGUACACGGUGCCUCCAAGUAUCGCGACUUCUAUUGCUCCUCCGAGUCAGCACCCGGCAACUGUACCGGUUCCACCGACGCAGCUAUUCAACCCAGUUGCCCAGUCAGCUCCUGUAGCUCCCUUCGAUCUGACCGUUCUACCACUUGAACCUCCACUUCAACCGCAGCAACAAGCACCGAAUACAGCCGCGCCUGUUUCAUUCUUCAACCCUACUCUAGACCCCACGGCUCCUGCGACGUUCUUUAGUCCAAUUGCUGCUCCUCCACCAUCCCAGGACUUCAACGCAAAUCCAGCCGUAAUCAAUCCUGUACCGAUCCAACAGCAAGAAACCAUCGCAACCCAGCAACCAUCUUCAGCCGUUAGGCAGUUCUUCUCGUCAGCUGCCACUUCGCCGUCGAACGAUCUAAACGCCAACUUCGCCAACGUGCAGAUAUCGCCAAAACCUAGGGAAACCCUAGCUAAUCCAUCGGACUUCUUCAACACCGAACUACCGUCGACGCAUCCGAGCUCCACCACGGGGCAGACUUUGUCACAGGUGAAUCUCUUCAACUUCUUCGGUCAAUCACCGCACCAACCGGCGGCAGCUAUCGAACCUCCGUCAGCUCCAGCCACUGUUGGUGGUUUCUUGUUCUCCCUGCAGGACAGUAUAGAUAAAUCAUCCUCGCUGGAGGAUUCGCCCUCAAAGGCAACCGAAAGCGGUGACGACCAGUUGAUACAGGUCAUCGAACCGGACCAGAACAACGCCGUUAACGACUCGCAGCUGGACGAUCGCUACGACGAUCCCUCGGAACAGGAACGCAUCGGAAACGCUCCGGAGCCGAUCUUCAGCAGCGACAAUUUGUUCGAGUUCAAAAGGUCCGCCAUCGAGGACGACACGUAUUCCAAGGACGUAUUGAUCGACGCCAACAGUAGUUGUAUGGCAGGAAUGACGGCAACGGCGGCGGCUACCGCUACCGGUGCCAACUCCGCCAUCGUCGACAGUUCGAUGGCUUCGAUUACGGAAGCAUCGAAUACAAACAUCGCCUACCGGCCGGUCUACCGGCACUGGUUCUUCAAGCGGGAAAUCGAAUCCAAAGUCGUCUGGACACCGUUCACGAUGAGCGAUUCGUUGGCGCUGGAGAACGCUCUACCACUGAUGCAGGAAGAUGAUUCUGAAGCCGAAUCCGAUGCCAGUUCAUUGAUCGUACAUGUUGACGGUGGUCGUCACGACGUGCUGGUCAAGGAGCGCAAGAUGUCCCCAGUGUAUUGGAAAGGAGCCUCCCAGGAAGUACGCAGGUGUUCGUGGUUCUAUAAAAAUGUAGACUCCAGGUACGUUCCGUACGACGAGGAAGUGGCGGAACUGUUGGAACGGGAAUACAAGGAAGCAGCCACUUCGGGAGAAUGGCACCGGCGGAUUGUCAUUCCAAAUGGCGAGACCGUCGUUUUCCACGGACCCUCGGUGAUCGUACACUUCCUGCAGACACAAAACCCGGAUUCGUGGGGAGGCAGCUCACCGGUCCCUCCAACCACCAACCGACCGCGAGUUGUCAAGCGAGGCGUCGACGAGUUCAACAUCGAAGACGGUGAACCGGAACGAGUCGAUCACCUGUUGUUCAUGGUGCACGGGAUCGGUGAGGCGUGUGAUCUCCGAUUCCGACCCGUCGAAGAAGUGGUCGAUGAGUUCAGAAGUAUUUCCGCACAGCUAGUUCAAAGUCACUACCGGUCGUCGUUCGAUCGGGGUGACAUCGGACGGGUAGAAGUGCUGCCAAUUUCGUGGCACAAUGAUCUCCACUCGGAGGAGUCCGGAAUCGACAAGAAGCUGAAGGCCAUCACGCUGGAAUCGAUCCCCAAGCUGCGCAACUUUACCAACGAUACCGUGCUGGAUGUGCUGUUCUACACGAGUCCCAUGUUCUGCCAGAACAUCAUCGAUGCAGUGGGCAAUUCGCUGAACCGGCUGUAUUCGUUGUUCCUGGAGCGGAAUCCGUCGUUCACGGGUGGCGUUUCGCUGGCCGGACACUCGCUGGGAUCGUUGAUUCUGUUCGAUUUGCUGUGCCACCAGAAGGGGACGCCCAUGGAGACGGAGAAUUCGGAGAACCCGGAUCGGUCACCCUUCCUCAGUGCGCAUCCGAGCCCGCGUCCCAUAGCGCACAAGUGCUGCCAGCAGCAGAUCAACUACGAAGUGGGUCCGGCCGGAACCGGUCAGCCCUACAUAACCUACCCGCAGCUCAUGUUCAAUCCGAAGAAGUUCUUUGCCCUCGGUUCCCCGAUCGGCAUGUUUGUGACCGUGCGCGGAAUAGACGCCCUCGGUCAGGACUUCAAGCUGCCGACCUGCGACGGAUUCUUCAACAUUUUCCACCCGUACGACCCGGUAGCCUAUCGGAUCGAAGCCCUCGUCAAUCCGGAGCUGAGUCCGCUUCGUCCAGUGCUGAUCCCCCACCACAAGGGCCGCAAGCGGAUGCAUCUGGAGCUGAAGGAAACGAUGUAUCGCGUCGGAACCGACCUCAAGCAGAAAGUGAUGGACACAUUCCGAAACACGCUCGAUGCCGUCUAUUCGAUCACGUCGUUGCACCGACCGGACCGCAAGGCGAUCGAAUGCGAAGUGGACAAGGUGCUGGAAGAUCAGCUCAAGUUCGAAACCGCUUCCGCUUCGUCGGCGUCUGCCUCGGAUUUGGACACCGGUGAAACGGAUCUCCCCCUGGGUCAGCUGAACCAAUCGCGCCGUAUCGAUUACGUACUGCAGGAAGCUCCGCUGGAAUUCUUCAACGAGUAUCUAUUCGCGCUAACUAGUCAUGUCUGUUAUUGGGAAUCGGAAGACACGAUGCUUUUCCUGAUGAAGGAGAUCUACUCGAACAUGGGAGUGCAAAGCGACAGUCAAAUUCCGCAGCAAACGAUGACGAUCGAAAGGCCGCGGGUUUCAACGCCCACGCCACCGGCGGCAGCGUCCUCGCAGGCACACUCGUCUCACUUCAGUCUGUUUCCCCAGCAACAUGGGCACUCAUCGACGACGGGGACGGGUAGUUGCAAUCGAUAAACUGCGUGGUUGUCUGUAAGUUUUAGCAUCUAAUUGAUACGUGUUUUUAUUACUACCUACCUAUUAUAUAAACUGAAAAACUUUAUGUUCUUAGUCUAUUUAAAA